AUGAAGAAUUACUUCGCCGACUCUUGUGCGAGAGCUUUCUCUCCGUUGCCGUAUGGAAGGGGCCCCUGGAGCGCCUCUGGAUCGGAACGCCCCGUUGAUCUCCCGGCUACCGCUGCGAAUUCCGCCGCUGCAGGGGAAGUGGAGCAGCAGUUGGCGGUACUGAAAGCUAUUCAGUGCCUUGUGCAACAGGAGAGGGAGCUGUAUCAGGAAGGCAUCCGGCGAAGCAGCCGACGGGAAUACUGCGGCGCCUGCGAGAAGAAAGUGGUGAAAGCUGAAGGCGAGCUGCGCUGCCCAAGUUGCAGCGUCUGGCCAGCUGGGGCUUCCGAUGCAUGCAGUGGCGUGCCAGCGUCUGCAUGCGUCGGAGCGUUUACCCUCCUGCCGGACGCCUACAACCCCAACAGAGGAGAAGAGGACGAAGAACAGGGAAGCCCCUCUGUGUGCAGGGGGGGCAGUGGAGAUCUGAGUUCGGGUGUAUGUACGCCGAGGAGCGGCGGCGUGCUUACUCAGGAAUUCCUGCUGCAUGCGUUCGGAGCAGGUAUUGAAACUUCUCGAGAAGAAGAGGUCGACGAGAGGCCUGCCGUGUGGUGUCAUCAGAAGAACUGCAGGAACGACUCUGACCUCAAAGGCCUUCUCAUAUGCUCCAAGUGCAGGCGAUGUUUCCAUGCAAGCUGCUGCGAGCCGCCGCUGAACUUUGACAUGGUUACCCGAUUUCCGUGGCAGUGUGCGGAUUGCAAGAUAUGCCUGUCCAAUAAGAAUGAAGAGACGAUGUUGAUUUGCGAUGCUUGUGAUCGGGCAUUCCACAUGGAGUGUCUCUCUCCGCCAGUGCUUCAGGAUAUAUCCUGUUUUUACUCGAAUCGUAGCCGCAUCUGCCCAGAAUGCAAAGAACGAUAUCUGCGCGUAAAGAGGGGGAGGGCUGUCCUCCAUGUGAAGUGCAGUGGCACUAUCACGCUCAGGGCUCUCGAGUGUAUGUACAUACGUGCAGGUGUUCAUAAGGGCUGCACUGUACCCGGCGCUGGCCCUAACGAAUUUAUUUGCCACAUUUGUAAGGCCCUUCGUGAGGAGUUUACCGUAGGGACUGAAAUCGCCCCUGCCUCCCCGUAA